AUGGUCUUAUCCGGGCUUGAGCUUCCACAGCUGGAGAAUGGCGCCGAAGAGGUUAUCUUUCAGGUGGAUCCCAACCUUCUCUGCGACCUCGCAACCAGGGUGCGGGUGCUUCCGCGGGGGUUGGCCCUGCAGCAGCAGGCACGGAUGAGUGCGCGGGUGUGGGUGGAGAAGCAGCUGCGCCAUGCACGGCGUCACGAGGCCGCUCACGCGACGAGUGGCUCCGACGUGGACGACAGCGAUGACGACGGCGACGGCGACGGCGGGAACGGUGAGGAACGGCGGCAGCAAACUUUUCGUCGGAAAAAGUUUGUUAAAUUGACGGACGAGGACCUGCGUGUCGACUGGUACGAGGUGCUCCAGCUGAGUCAGGGGGAACGGGCAACGGAGGAGCAGAUUCGCACGGCGUAUCGCCGUUGCUGUCUGGAGACGCACCCGGACAAGCAGAAGAAUCAUUCCGAUGAAGCCUUCAAGAGGGUGCAGCGCGCCUUUGACCUCCUCGGAGACACCGAAACCCGCCUGGCGUAUGACUCUUCUCGCCCCUUUGACGACUCCAUUCCCGGCGAGACGCUGCCGGCAGAAGCGGACUUUUACGCCCUCUUUGGACCCGUGUUUGAGCGCAAUAAGAAGUGGAGCAGCGAGAGUGAUCUGCCCUCGCUUGGCGAUGACAGUACGGGCCUAAAGGCGGUGUACCGGUUUUACGAUCGCUGGGGGCGCUUUCAGUCCUGGCGCGACUUCUCGCACCUGGUGGAGCUUGACGAGAUCGAUGAUAGCAUGUGCCGCGAGGAGAAGCGUUACUACGCGCGCGAAAACGAGCGUCAGCUGAAUCACCUUCGCCGGGAGGAGCAGCAACGCCUGCGAACGCUUGUGGAGCGGGCACGGAAAAAUGACCCGCGACUGCGCCGUAAACGCGAUGAGGAUGAAGCGAGGCGCCAGCGUGAGAAGGAAGAGCGGGAGCUGAAGCGCCGCCAGUUGCGAGAGGAGGAGGAGCGUCGCCGUGCGGAGGAGGCGGAGCGGGAGAGGUUCCAGCGCGAGGAGGCUCAACGAAAAGAGAUAGAGAAGAAAAAUGCAAUUCGCCAGGCGCAAAGAGACUUGCUGGAGUUUCUGGAGCAGCAUAGCAUCCUUGAUGAAACGGCUACAAACAAAUUGCUGCGCCACACUGUGCGGCGUCCGAAUGUAGUGUGGAUGUUCUCAAAAAUCACAUCACCCGAGCAGGCCGCUAGCAUCCUCGCGGCUGUGACAAGUUGCAGUACAGAGCGGCGUCCCGCCACCGUGGGGUGCCGAAUCAAGGGUAACAACAGGCCUGACUACGAUGGCGACGAGGGGGUAAGCGUGGAGGCGGUGCUACGCUUCAACGCUCUUGUUGAGGAACGCGAGCAGCAAAUUGGGGUGACGCGCUACGGCGAGCCCAUCAAGAAGUGCCCAGCCGCCUCCACGACUGCGCCUGAGGUGACCAAGAAGGCGGCCAUCCCUACCGCCUUGACAACAAACUGGGACGAGGAGGACCUGGUUCGCUUGCAGAAGGCGACCGCGAAGUACCCACCUGGAGCGGUGGACCGUUGGAGGAAGAUUGCCGAAAUGCUGCGUGGUAAGUUCACCGAGGAAGAGGCGAUGCGGAAGGUGAAUGAAAUUACAGCUGCACUACAUCAUGCAAAUACCACCCAGAACCGAACCCCAAGUACCUCACUGCAACCGUCAGCCUCAAAGUUAGAUGUAGCCAAAGGUGCCUUUGCGGGUGCGGCGGCGGUGGCUACCCAGGUUUCAUCUAUAGAGGACUGGACGGUGAAGCAACAAAAAAUGUUGGAGCAGGGGCUACGGGAAUUAAAGGACUACAAGGAAAGGGAUAAGUUUCAGAAGAUUGCAGCGAUGGUGGAUGGCAAAAAUGCCAAGGAAUGCUUUGAACGAUAUAAGUAUCUAUGCAGUAUGAAUAAACACAAAUAA